CAAAGACAGGCGCUUCCUUGGUUUCUUCUUUUCCAUUCUGAUCACCUACUUUUACCUAGGUACUUACGUAGCUAGUGAAUGAGAGAGGAGGUGAAGAAGAAGAAGAAGAAAUAAAAAGAAUAAGAAUAACAAGACAUGAGUACCGAGGCCGAGGCCGUCGACGAUAUGCUGCCUAUCACGCGAGAAAUCACGCGAGAAAUCCUGAACAAGGUGAAGCAGAUAGUGCCGCCCAUGCUUCCCAAAUUUCAUAAAGGCCAGUUAGGUCGCGUAGCUGUCAUCGGUGGCAGCGAAGACUACACCGGGGCCCCGUACUUCUCUGCUAUGGCGAGUGCACGACUCGGCUGCGAUAUGUCUCAUGUGAUAUGUACGCCCGGUGCCGCUGCAGUCAUCAAAACGUAUAGCCCCAACCUCAUGGUGCACCCGCUGAUGCGGGAGUCUCCUUCUCCGGGCUCCGGGUCCGAAUCUUCGGCAGCCAACACGGACCCCGAACACAUAUCGGCGAAGAUCAUCGACAUGCUGUCUCGAUUGCACGUGCUUGUUAUCGGGCCGGGCUUAGGCCGAGACCCACUGAUGCAUGAGACGUGCGCGCGCGUUCUCGCGGCGGCGAGGGAGCGCGGAAUGCCCGUUGUGCUGGACGCCGACGCCCUCGCCAUUGUAAUCCAAAAGCCGGAGUUGAUUAGGGGGUGGCGCGAGGUUGUUCUGACACCCAACGUCGUCGAGUUCGGGCGGCUAUGGAAAGGCCUCAAGGGCGACGAGGAUAACGAAGUGAGCGAUGGCGCCAAUUCAUCAGCCCGGGUCGAGGCGCUGGCACAUAUGCUGGGAGGAGUGACGAUCUUACAGAAGGGCGCCAAUGACUUUGUCUCAGACGGCGACACGACGUUGACGGUCGACAUACCCGGUGGGCAGAAGAGGAGCGGUGGGCAGGGUGAUACACUGACGGGCGCUAUCGCGACGAUGCUAGCGUGGCGCAAGGCAUAUCUAGAUAAGCUCUGGAACCACAAUGGUAUUUUAACCAAGGAGCAGACGCUGAGUUUAGCUGUCUUUGGUGGCGCAGCAAUUGCGAGGGUUAGUUCUCGCAUAGCGUUUGAUAAGAAGGGUAGGAGCUUGCAGGCGAGUGAUCUGACAGAUGUGGUGCAUACCGCGUUCUUGGUUGUCAUGGGCGAGCCAAAACUAGGCCCAAAGAAGCCGAAGCGAAAGUAAAAGAAUAUAUGUUAUAUACCUACGUACCUACUAUGUGCCUAAAGAUACAGAUAAAACAGAUUGUGAUCACGAUAUCACGACACAUUCGAGGUUAUAAAAAAAGGCACUACUGGGCCUG